AUGGAUUCGGACACUCCCGCGGCCAUGGCCACUCUCGCUCAAAGCGUUGGACACAACCUCCAUCGCGAACUCUUCUCAGGACUGCUAACCACUCUACCCUGGAUCGCCUUGUCGUGGUACUACAAUCAAUAUGCCAAUUGGAACUCAGAUAUCGAUAUCGCCAAUAAGGACAAAGCUGACCCGAAAAAGUUGGCCGGAGGGAGUCUGGAUCAGGCAGUUCUAAGGACCUGCAGUCUGACAGCUGUCACUAUGGUCAUGACGGGUGUCGGACAGCUUCAAUGGUCUUCACGGGCUGAGAACAAAUCCGUGGUCAAAGUUCCAAAUCUGAGGGCAGAUAUCGCAGGUGUAGCGUUUGCUCGCAUAUUCUCGAUUGCACUGCCUAUAUACGCAGCGCUCGAAGUUAGUGGGUUUCUUGUCGCGUUGGGUUUGCUUCUUGCAGCGGCAUCAGGGUUGCCCGCUCUUGCCAAAGGCCGCGCUGCUGGCAGCGACGCUCGCGAAAAGUUGGGCCACAAGAAGUUCACAGUUGCGCUGAUACUUACAAUUCUGGUGUUGAGCUUUUCCGGCUGGAUUGGCUCCCAUGAGUCGAAGUCGUACUUCGGAUAUAUCUCCCUGUUACUGUCAGUCUUCGUCAUUCCUCCCCCAUUCGCAGAUGUCGGCCAGUCUUCGUCUCAGGGGGCGGGUUUUGGUGUCUCCGCUUCCUCGAAAUCAGACGCUUCAGUAAGCCGGAAUUCGGGCUCACUAUCUGUCGUCUCACCGGACGAUGGUAUGUUGACCUUGAUACUCGGGCUCGUUGUUGGGCUACUCAGCUUCGUUCUCUUCGGUAUUCCUUCCCUGUCGGCAUUGGAUGCGAUGUACCUACUGGUGACAGCCGGUAGCUACGCAACAUCCUUACUCUUUUCAAACCCGCCCAAUCUGCGUUCACCGCACAAAUGGGGUCUCGCUACAGGUAUUGCGGCAGCGGGAAUUUUAUGUUCGCCACCAGUAGCUGCUGAUAAGUGGGUGGUCUACGCAUCGCGGUGCACGCUGGCAGCGGUGUCGUUCUUUGCCUCUCGAUUUGAUGACCGCCGGCUACGCCUUGAGCGCCAUUCUCAUCACCAUCAUCAUCAUGGGCACUCAGUGGCUCCAGCCUCUCGGGUGACCAAGGUCCUUCUUCGCUACAGCGAACCUUACCCUCUGUUGUACAGUAUCCUCAAAGAAAGGGAUUCUCGCCGUAUAUUCUACUUCAUGACCUUGAAUUUCACCUUUAUGUUGGUUCAAUUAUCUUACGGAUUCAUCACCGGGUCCUUGGGACUGCUCAGUGACAGCAUACACAUGUUCUUCGAUUGCCUUGCACUCGUUGUCGGCCUUUGUGCUGCCGUUAUGAGCAAGUGGCCGCCAAGUGCUCGGUUCCCUUAUGGCUAUGGAAAGGUUGAUACUCUUUCCGGAUUCGCCAACGGAAUUUUUCUCAUGAUCAUAAGUAUUGAGAUCAUCUACGAAGCUGUGGAGCGACUUUCCUCUGGAAGUCAGAUGCAUCGACUGGGCGAAUUGUUGGCUGUCAGCGUUGCUGGUCUGGUAGUGAAUCUUGUCGGUAUCAUGGCAUUUGACCAUGGCCACGCACACCACGGUCACGACCAUGGUCAUUCACACUCACAUGGAAAUGAGAAUAUGCACGGUAUCUUCCUCCAUAUACUAGCCGACACCCUUGGCUCCGUGGCGGUUGUGAUAUCCACCGUUCUUGUGCACUUCUCAGGCUGGGCAGGAUACGACCCUAUCGCCUCCUGUUUGAUUGCCAUUUUGAUUUUUGCCUCGGCAGUCCCACUAGUCACCAGUACUGCUAAGACCCUAUUGCUCGCCCUUCCCGCCGACAUUGAAUACAAUGUUCGUGAAACGUUGGCCGGUGUCAGCUCUCUACGAGGAGUUGCGGGGUACACGGUGCCCAAGUUUUGGUUAGACGAUACAGGAACGACCUCGGGACAUGACCACCAUCAUGGCCAUGGCCAUUCCCAUAGUCACAGUCACAGUCACAGUCACGGCCAUAGUCAUUCUCAUAGUCACAAUCACGGGCAUGGCCACCAACACAAUCACGACCACGACCACGACCACCAUCACCAUCAUGACCACGACCACGACCAUUCCCACGAGAAAAACAAAGCAAACGUCCUCGGGGUGAUUCAUGUCAUUGCGUCUCGCGGCGCCGACCUUGAGGAUGUACGACAACGGACGGUCAACUACCUCCGCGAAAAGGACAUGGACAUCCUUGUCCAGGUGGAGCGAGAGGGCGAUGGACGCUGCUGGUGCGGAGGGGGUAACAAAAGCCCCUGA